AUGGCAGUGAAGUACCCCUUCCCCGGGUGCCCCCUGACCACCCACCGCCUAUUCCAGCAGAUCCUCCCUGGCCUCCUGCUUCUGCUCUGGCUGCCCACUAGCAUGGCCCGCCACGGUCCCCCACUCUGGGGCAGCCUCCACACCCAUGGGACUCCGCGCUGCUACUCGCCUGAAGAGCUGCCCCCGGGCCAGGUCCCCCCACACCUGCUGGCUCGAGCUGCCAAGUGGGAGCAGGCUUUGCCAGUAGCCCUGGUGUCCAGCCUGGAGGCAACAGGUCGCAAGAGGCGGCAGGAGGGGCCUCUGGCUGAGACACAGUGCCCGGUGCUAGGGCCUGAGGAAAUACUGGAAGCUGACAUCCACCAGCGCUCCAUCUCGCCCUGGAGAUAUCGCGUGGACACGGACGAGAGCCGCUACCCGCAGAAGCUGGCCUUCGCAGAGUGCCUGUGCAAGGGCUGCAUCAGCACCAGGACAGGCCGCGAGACUGCCGCGCUCAACUCCGUGCCGCUGCACCAGAGCCUGCUCGUGCUGCGCCGCCGGCCCUGCGCCCCGGACGCCACGGGCGUGCCCGUGCCCGGCGCCUUCACCUUCCACGUGGAGUUCAUCCGCGUGCCCGUCGGCUGCACCUGCGUCCUGCCUAGGACGGCGCGGUGA